AUGGCCACCGAAAGCAGUCCGCCAGUGCGGUACGUCUCCUAUCCUCGACAAGCAAAAGACCUGGCAAUGGGCGUGCAUCCUCUCUCUAGAUACGUGCCCCCUCUGCUGCUGCUCGCAGAUGCGUUUCUCACGAGUUUGAUCAUUUACAAAGUCUCCUACACGGAAAUUGAUUGGAAAGCAUACAUGGAGCAAGUUGAACAAUAUGUGAAUGGUGAGCGCGACUACACGAAGAUCAAAGGCGGUACGGGUCCACUGGUGUACCCAGCUGUGCAUGUCUAUAUUUACUUGAUUCUGUAUCAUUUUACGGAUAAGGGAAGAAAUAUUCUAGUCGCGCAGAGGAUCUUUGGAGUGCUUUAUUUGGCGACUUUGGCUGUUGUGAUGGCUUGUUACAGGAGGGCAAAGGCACCGCUCUAUAUCUUCCCGAUGCUGGUUAUGUCGAAACGGCUACAUAGUAUCUUCGUUCUCCGACUGUUUAACGACUGCUUCGCCGUCUUCUUCCUCUGGGUGGCUAUCUACAUGUUCCAACGACGCAUAUGGACAAUCGGGGGCCUAUUAUACAGCCUGGGAAUUGGAGUCAAGAUGUCUUUAUUGCUGUCCCUCCCAGCUGUGGGAGUUGUACUCUUCCUGGGGAGAGGUCUCCAAGGAAGUCUCAAGCAAGCCUACCUUAUGGCACAACUACAGUUUGUUAUAGCUUUCCCAUUCUUGCCGGAAAAUCCAAUGGGGUAUCUUGGCAGAGCUUUCGAGUUCUCAAGGGUUUUCUUGUUCAGAUGGACCGUCAAUUGGAGAUUCCUCGGAGAAGAGACAUUUUUGAGCAAGGAGUUCUCAUACUCGCUGCUAGUGGGACAUGCCAGUACGCUACUGCUGUUCGUAACAACGAGAUGGCUCAAGCCUGCAGAAAAGCCAUGGUCGGAACUGAUUAGAAAUGCUCUGAAAUUCCAGGAGCCAUGCGGAAAAUUGCAGCAUGCUGUUUCCAUUCGAGUCUCUCCGAACUACAUCUUGACGACAAUUCUUACAGCCAAUGCUAUUGGCAUGUUAUUUGCUCGGUCCCUUCAUUACCAGUUCUAUGCCUAUAUCGCAUUGGCUACCCCAUUUCUGCUCUGGCGCAGUGGCAUGCACCCAAUAUUCCAGUAUGGUUUAUGGGCAGCUCAAGAAUGGGCCUGGAAUGUCUACCCAAGUACAGAUGUGAGCUCAAAGGUUGUGGUUGGUGUACUAGCUGCCACUGUGAUGCGAAUGUGGUGGGGCACUCGGACGGAUUUCGUGAGCCCGAAAGGCGAAGGAGCUGCGAGUAAGAAGUUCGCUUGA